UGAUAAACAUUUUUCUCCUGUUAUAUUACAAUUAUAAAAAAUGUUUCAAAAAAAAAAACGUUAUCCCGUCUAUAUAUUAGAUAGAAAACUGAAAAAUAUUUGUUGUAAAAAAUUUUAAACAUUUUUCGCGAUUUUGCCGCAACUACUGGCAACAUUGUAUCGACAUUUUAUACGAAUAUGUUACGGCAGAUAAUACAUCCAACGAAUUUGUUUUUAUAUCCGAUAGAUGGCGCUAGUCAUACAGUUCGUACCAAAUAGAACGUAACUUUUUCAAUAUUAGAUUUAUUAAGCUAAAAUUCGGUACUUUUGAUAAAACUCGAUACUUUGUAUAUAUUUUUAUUUGAAAAUUAUCUUCUAAACGGUUGGGAGUCGGCUAUUGAACAGACAUUGAAUUACGAUUAAUUUUUGAGGUUAAUUUAUUUCUGUAGCAUAAACUUUUUCUUCGAGAUACGAUUGAACUGUAAUAAUUUAAAAGAUUGUGUCGUUUUGCUAGAUUGGAAACGUGUCGUACCACCUACGUUAAUUUGUAUGUCGUUAAAAAAUUAUUCUAAUGAAAAUAAACCAUCCGUCGAAGUUUGUAAUCGAAAAGCGGAAUCGUACAAUUUCCUUUAUCACAUUAUUAUAUGCCUACAAAAGGUUAUCGAUUAUUUAUCAGCAUAUAUUAUUAUUUCAUUAUGAUAAUGAAACAGUUCUAACAGAAUAUUCGUCUUCGAAUGCGGUAAGUUCGUCCAACUGUUUUUAUUUCUUAAUAUAAAAAAAAUUUGCUACAAAAUGGAUGUGGCAAAUUUUAAGGUUAUGUAGCAUAAAUAUCUGUAUACGGAUUCUUAAUGAAAGGUAACGCAAAAUAUUUGUUUUCGAAAUACGUUACCUUGGACACAUGUUAUUUUGGAAUUUUAUCAAAAGCGACUUUGCCAGCACAGCGGGUUAUACAGGGUCCUCUGGUAAUUUCGGGAGCGCGGGGGCACGUUCAGCUCCGAGUACGCCCCUCGAACAACAAAUUCUUGGCAGUCCCGCACUAUCUCCGGACGUUCUUUCCAACUCGCCGACAUCUGUAGUCUAUCAAACUAGUCCAAGCCAUGCGUUAUUCACUAAGUGUGACAAAGCGUCUUUGAAACAUCUGUCGACGUCGACGCCGGUGAUGACGGCUCAGGCGCAAAUUACCGAACCUCCUAGUCCUAAAACAACCAAAGACCCCAAAAUUCGCACCACCUCGAAAGCGCGACAAAAAAAAUUCCUUCGACAUUUUCCGAACGUCGAAGACGACGAAAAAGUAUUGAAUCAUUAUUCGUGCGCACUUAUCGGAGAUAUUUUAUUACAGGGCCACCUCUAUAUUACUAAAAAUUACUUCGCUUUUUAUUCCAACGUAUUCGGAUAUGUUACCAAGCUCUUAAUUCCGAUACUUACUGUAGAAAAUAUAACGAAAGAAAAAACAGCCAGGAUAAUACCUAACGCCGUCGGUGUUUCGACUAGCGAGGAUAAGCACGUAUUUGGUAGUUUAAUAUCGAGAGAUAAUACGCUGAUAUACAUGAGAACGGUAUGGCAGAAAGCCAAAAAUGCAUAUCCCGUUAUAAUAGAGCCGGAAAUCGAAGAACCGGAUUUGGAUUCCAGUGAUUCAGUAGAAGCGGAAAGCGGUAGGGAUUCGCCGCCUAUCGAAAUAAAGCCUAAAUUUUCUCUAGUUAAAAUUAUUCCUAAAGGACGUCGACCUAGUGACGUAGACGGCACGCAAUACGACUCUGCAGGCUUUAUUAGCGUCCUCAAACAAUCUAUAAUAGAAUUUCGCAAAUUACCACGUCAGAGUCUCAUCUUGUGCGCCACAACUUUAUUGCUCAUUCUUCUUUUUUUCUCAGCCGGUAUAUUACUUUAUCGAAUUAGCAAAAUACAAAACAAAUACUCAAUGGUGUUCCACGAGAACAUGAUCAAAGGCUCUAACGAUGUCUACAGCGACCUCUUGCAGUGGCAUUCCCAAAUGCAUUCGAAAUCAGCGGGAGCCGUUAAUAAUUUCUUAGAUUCGAAUUUGGUUUUAAUUGCUCAGGUUAGGCAGUCCUUAGAAGCGUUAUCUUCGAUUCUCGUACAAUCCAGCAGUACUCAAGGUCACGAAUCUGAUCCAAAACCUUUAGAAGCGUCCAAAGAUAACAGUUAGCCAACUAGUCAGUCCUACACCAUCAACAAAUCUUUUAGAUGAAAAAAAAACAA